AUUAUGAGUCACGUGACAGGGGCAAACCCUUCCGCUCGUAUCUAAGUGCGCGUUUCUCCAGCCCAGCGUGUGUAAACAAACACAGACAUUAGCUAAUGUAGAAAGAAGAGCUGUGUUGAGUUUUCGGCGUUAAUAUGGUGAAGUGUGUGGUGCGGGGAUGCCAGAACCAAAGCGACCUGAAACCGGGGGAAAUGCGCAACAGGCCCCGGAAGCGCUUCUUCAGCUUCCCCGCGGAUCAGGGCCGGGUUAGAGUGUGGCUGGCUGCGCUGCGGGAGUCGGUGCGCUUCUCCACCGAGCACAAGAUCUGCGAGGAUCACUUUCUGCCCGAGCACAUCACCCCGAGCGGCAUCAGUCCGGACGCCAUCCCCAUCAUGCCCCCUCUGGAGGGAGCGAUCCUGGGCUCGGGCGGCUGGACCUCACCGGUGGAGCCCAGUGAAGAGCUGUCAGACCCGACUGAAGUGGUGACUGAAAUUCCAGCAGAUGAUGACGAGGAGGAUGAAGAUGAGCAGGAGUAUGAUGAUGAAGACGAAGAUGAGGAGGAAUAUGAAGACUCUGAUUACACAGAGGAAGAGCCGAUGUACAUGGAUGAGGAAGCUGAGAGGGAGUGGCUGGAAAGACUCCAAGAGAAUCUUAAAAAUUCCACAGAAAAGAAAUGUGUACCUGCAAAAAAAGUCGCCACUCCUCGCUCUGAGGUAACGCUUGGACGGCUCACCAAGCGCUUCAUGGAUCUGCUCCAUUCAGCUCCAGAAGGAAUUCUCGACCUCAACGAGGCCACAGAAAAACUAGGCACUCGCAAGAGGCGGGUGUAUGACAUCACCAAUGUACUCAACGGUAUUAAGCUCAUCGCAAAGAAGUCGAAAAGCAAGAUUCAGUGGGUGGGUCCAUCACCAAUUAGCUGUUUCAAAGGCCAAUGGAAGAACAAGAUGAAGACUGAUCUGCUAAACCUAAAGACCAUGGAGGAGUCUCUGGACUGGCUGAUUAAAGACUGUGCCCAGCAGCUGUUUGCCCUAACAGACCUCACAGAAAAUGCUGACUUAGCUUACGUGACGUAUGAAGACAUCUGUCGGAUUGCAGCCUUCCAGGAUCAGACCGUGAUAGCCAUCAAAGCUCCUGAGGAGACCAAGCUGGAGGUUCCUACACCCACUGAGGACUGUAUUAAGAUCCACCUGAAGGGUUCCAGAGGUCCCAUCCAUGUGCUGACGUGUGAAACGAAUGGUUCAGACACAACCACAGAGUCCGAGCAGCUUAAAAACAGCCGUUUCCUAACGCUGGAGGAGAGCAGGAUAGAGACGACACCACUCCUCACAGAUCUUCCUACCAUUUCUUCUGCUGUUCGGAGCUCAUAAGGUUCAGAAAGCAAAAGUUUAUCUAUGGAACAGCCUGAACUGUGUCAAAGGACUGCACCAAUUCUCCAACACAGUCAAACUGCUGUUAAUCUCCAGGAUAGUUUAUUUGGGGACCUGCUGCUGUAAAAAUGUGAAAUAUGUUGAUAGGACCACAGAUUUAUAAGCUUUAUUUUUAUAUGCAUUACUCUGAUCUUACUAAAGUGUUUUGGAAACAGCACAUUCUUUUUUUUGUUCAUGUGUUUGUACUAAUAGGAAUGUACAUUCCUCUGAGAUACAAUGUGGUAAAGAUAUGAAAGUGUAUAAAUAAGAGCAACUAGUUCAGUUUACAGUAUGAUGACCACAUUAAAAAAAUAAACAUUUUUAUACAUUCUCAUGAAAAGAUUACAUCCACAUUUCACAAAGAAACAAGAAGUUGUUCAAAAUUGCAAUUACAAGCAUUACAAAUUCAUUCUUCACUGUAAUAUGAGUAUUUUGAGUAUUUCCCAAGCAAACAUGAUCAUGUGUUUUGUUUUGAUGUGUUGUGUUUUAAGUUUAAAUUCAGAAAAUAAAAAAUCUGUGAAAUAUUUAA